UUUUUUUUUCCUUUCUUUAAAUAACAAUAAUGGAGUCAAAUAAUCUUAACUGGAUUAAUAAUGACAAUGAACUAAUGGAAAUGCUGGUUGGUAUCGCCUCAGUAUCUGGGGAACAAAGCAUAUCUACAAAUAAUGAAGUUAGCCCUGAUGUUCUUCAAUGUCUUUUACCAAUAGAAAGAAAUGACUUGGUUCUAUCUAGCACACAGCAACAGAUGUCAUCACACUCUUCUUCGAUAACACCCCAAAAUAAUAUGAAAGAGGAUAAUUCCCAUCAUGUUGAUAUGUCAAAUGAAGCAACUAUCAAACCACUAUUUCCAUCCUCAGUUACCGUUCAAAAUUCAGAUAAUUUUGUUACUUUUGUACCUACCACCUCUAUACCCAAAAAGAAUGCACCAAUAAAAACUGUGUUUAAAAAACCUGUAUUUAUUUCAGAGUCGCCUCAAACAUUUAUAAAAAAGAAGAAGACGGCCUUAUCAUCAAGCUCUAGUAAUACAAGUGGUGAGGAUAAUAAUUCGGAUGAUGACGUGACAUUCGAGGGCGUACUUCAUAUUAAUAAUCCACCUUUAACGAAUUCAACCCCAAUGACUUCAAAGGAAAAAAGACAAUUAAGAAACAAAAUUUCAGCCAGAAACUUCAGAGUAAGAAGAAAGGAAUACGUCAAUCAUUUAGAGAAGAAAGUAAGAGAAUAUGAAGAAACGAUUGUCAAACUUAAGAAAGAAAAUGAGCAGCUUCAAAAAAAUAACGAGGAGCUCAUAAAGAAAUUGUCUACGCAACAACCUAUUACUCCUCCUCCUUUUAGUGAUGAAUUAAUGUCAAAUACAUCCACUACUUCUAGUUCAGAAGGCCACUUAUCACCUGAAUCCCUGUCUUCUCUGUUCCAAUUCCAAUUAAAUGAUUUAUAUGACCUUAAUCUGCUUGAGCAACAACAGCAACAGCAACAGCAACAGCAACAACCACUUCUGGAUCCAUCUGUUAUGUUUUAUCUUAACCAUGCUACUAUACCUGAUUGGAACAUAAAUGAGGUCCUGAGUGGAAAGAUGAAGAAUGCAACCACAGAGCAGGAGCAAUUACAAAUAUCUAGAGAAUUAAUCAGAGACUACCCUCUUUUAGUACCUGCUCUUAUGUCUAUUAUACUUCAUCAUACUUUAUCCUUGGACUAUGUUGCCUCUCUUGCUAAAGAAUUUAAAGAAAAGUUAAAUGUUGAUCCUAAAGUUUCAAAUAACGAGUUUGAAGACAAUGAAACAGUUGUUGGUGAAGAAGAAACGAAUGAGCUCAAGGUCAACUUUAGUAAAUUAAGUAUCGAAGACGCUACUAAAGUAGUGAAUAAGAAAGAAGGAUUGGAUCAUACAUCAUUCACGGAAGAUGACCUAGUUGCCUUUAUUCUUAACAGAUGUUUUCCUUAUUAUUGUUUAAUGCGUGCACGUGGCCAUAGUCAUGAAGAUAUCAUCGAUAAAUGUCGAGAAUGCUUUUUAGAUAAGGACUCUCCAUGCCGAAAAAAGAUGGAAAAGAAAUGGGCAAAAGAGAAAGCAAAAAAAGAAAGAUUAGAGAUUAAAAAGAGAGAAACUGUUUAUAAAACGAAAAACAAUAGUCGUCUACAAACACUUCAAACCUAUUGUCGAGUAGCCAAUAUUCUUUUGAAAAACCCUCGACAAAUGUCUAAUAUGACUCAAGUCCUAAAAGAACAAAUUCAAAUUUCGAAAAAUAAGUCUAUGAGUCAUGCUGAGCAAAAUUAUAGAAAGAUGAUAAACACUCCAAAGGCUCUUCGUAUCGCUAAUGCCUCUAGUUAAAAUUAUUGCAUCAUUUUUGUAAAUAGUUUAUACAUGUACAUAUUCAUAUGCAAAUACAU